AGGUGCGUGGCUGCCCCAGGGCUCAGUCAGCAGCACCCGUGUGGAGAAAAACACACACACACACAAACACACACAGGCCAUCGAUCCAGUGUGAUUCCCGCCACGGCCGCUAGAUGGUGUGUCCUUCGUCACAGCCAACUUUCCCAGACUUCAGUAGCUGUAGAGACUUUAUCGCCGUGGGCUGUACGCCCUCUCCUGCCCGCCCGCGACCACACAUGUUCCCCUUAACGCGGGCGCGGUAAGAUGGCAUCUGCGGCACUGAACAGCGGGCUGCUGGAGGCACUGGUGUCACGGGGGACGACACCCCACGCUGGGAGGGACGCCCACGCCCUCCCUCCCUCCCCAAACACCGCCGGCGACGACACCGCUGCACCCCAUCACGCCUACCUGCACGCCCACUUCCAGGCCGUCACCUCCCACUACUCCUCGGGGGGCGACCCCCACGACAUGUCAACCUCCGGAGGUGACGCCACGACAGAAGACGAAGAGACCAGCCUCAACGACCAGCUCGCCCACUACUACAGCAAGGCACUGGGCGACGACCACCUUUCCGUCUCGGCCAAGAAGCGACGCAAACAGAGCAAGCCGGUGCGCCUCCCCACGCCCCACGGCGAGACGGGCGACACUCACCAACAAACGCCAAUUAAAACAGAAGAAACGCAGUUCGAUUCCGAAAUAUCAAAUCCCUCACCGGAAGCGGACGAAAGCUUCACGUGUCCUCACUGCCACCUGCAAAUGUCCUCCGACGACAGCAUCAGACGACACAUUAUCGAGGAGCACAUUGGACGUCUCCUGAGCGACGACGAAGCCCGCCAGCAGCAGCUGCGACAAGAGCAAGAGAGCGCAGAGCGACUCAAGAGUGAGGAGAGGGCCACACCCCUCAACCUCUCCAGUCCCAGGUGGGAGGGCGGAGGGCCGCCCAACAGACCGCACGAUGACCAUGGAAGUAGCCCGCCCAUCUCAGUUCCUAUGCCACCAUCUUUCGGAGAUAUGAAAUUCUCUUUACCCGGCCUCUUGCCGUUAGGUCCACCUCAUUUUCUGUUGCCGUUCCUGCAACAUGCGGAGCACGAACGCCUUUCAGCGGGAAGUCAUCCCCCAAAGAAUCCUUCACCAUCUUCCUUAGCCAAUAGUCAGCACCAUCGAAUCUUUAACCAACAGGCGUAUUGCGAUCUCUGCAACAAAGAAUUCUGCAAUAAGUACUUCCUCAAAACUCACAAAGCCAAUAAGCACGGUAUAUAUUCUCCCGAGUUUAGCAGCUCUCCCACGGGCUUGGCCUCUGGUCACUCCACUCCUCUGGGUCCCAGUGUAUCCCUGGCCUCUCCGAUGGGUCCCAGUGUUCCUCUCGCAUCACCCAUGGGUCCUAGUGUUCCGCUCGCUUCACCUAUGGGUCCUAGUUUCAGUGCAGGUGGCCUAGUAGGGUCUCCUUAUGCUGGAGCCUUCAUUGCAGCUACCAUGAGCAAUUUCCCGCUGAGACCGCCACUUCUGUCCACCCCUGCUAGUGUCAGCAAACCCAUGCCCAUGGUAAAGACAGAACCUAGCAGCAGCAGCAGUAACAACAGCAAGCCUGGAGGAGUCAUUAAUCUGGAGGCUUAUUGUGAGCUGUGCCAAAAGGAAUUUUGCAACAAAUACUUCUUAAAGCGUCACAAGUCGAAGAUCCACGGCAUAAGCAUCGAUGUAGUAACUAAACCCAAGAGCCCUGGUCAGGUGCUCGUCCGAGUGGCGCCAGAUAGACCUGAAGGCUGGUGCGAUGCCUGUAGGAGGGAUAUCGGAGGGCGAGCAGCACUCAACACCCACAAGUUGCAAGCCCACGGACCCCACAUCGUUGCUCCUCUCCCCUCACCCCAUAGCACCUCUCCUCAGUCUGCAAGAAACCCAAGAACUCCAACACCUAGUGAGGGACGCAAGCACAGUCCAGAUCGCAGAGACCCCAGGGAGUACUUCAGUCCAUGGGAGGCACUGAAGGAAUCUCGAGAGCAAAUACGAGAACUCUGGGACUCUGGAAAAAAUAUUGGGGAACUUACUAGAGAACCAAGGGACCAAUCAAGAGAUACGCCAGCACGAAGUCCUUGGGAAAGGCCCUUGGGAUCACCCUGGGAUGCUUUAAGAGAAAUACCUAGAAAUGCUGAGGGAUCAAGAGAAUCGAUGAAGGAAAACCAUCAGAGUAGCGACUCUUGGGGUAAACAGGAACCCCAUAGCAGCAAUGAGCAGUACAAUCAACGGGAAGAACGGGACGAACCUCUCCCACACCUCGAUCGGUUAGCAGAGUCCUCGCAUGACUUUCCCCUCGACGCACACGACAUGCAGACGGUGCGGGAAGAGCAGCAGCGGGAGUGGGAAAGGCAACAACAACGAGAUUUGGAGCAGCAUCAUCGCGAACGUUUGCAGCAACAAUAUUUAGAACGUGAACGGCAACACCGUGAACGAGAGAGGGAGAGAGAACUGCAACAGAGAGAACGUGACCAAUGGGAACGAGAGCGACAACGGGAACGAGAUUUAUAUAGAGAACAGCAGCUGGAACAUGAACGAUACGAACGUGAACAACGGGAGAGGAUGCUAGGUAAUCAAAAACAUGACCAUGAGCAAAAAGAGGAAAACAAAUCUGCUAGUCAGGCUGAAAGUUCGUUGGAGCAACUUUAUCAGGAGAGAGAAGAACAGCACUCAGAACAACAGAAUAGUGAGGCAGAGAGUGAACUUGAGAAAGGAGAGCGCACCAACUUUAAGGAAAUUACGGAAGAUUUUAAGGAAAAGGCUCAUAUUAGUAUCAAACAAGAGCCUGAAAGACAAGAAGAGGAAGGCACAGAGAGGCGGGAAGAACGACCAGAAAGUCGCCAAGGUCUAAGAAUUCACGAGGGGGAAAUGCCCGAUAGGGAAAAAAUCUACGAACGGCGAGAAGGGCCCGCUGGACCUGAAGUAGACCCUGAAGGCCGUGAAGGAAGCCUCGUGGGUCUCGACAGUAGUCUUGAGGGCCGUGAGGCAGGACCAGAGGGCCGGGAUAGUGCUCGAGACCCUAUUCGUGAAGGUCAUCGAACUCCCGGGGGAAGCAGCGCUGAUGAAAGCUCCCGAGACACUGGCAUUAUUGCCCGGGUGGGUCAGCCGGCCAUGGUGCAGGCGCCUCCAGGGACCAAGUUUACACAUGAGCAGCUGCGUCAGUUGGGAGUAAUCAACCCCGACGCUUUCUGUGAACUCUGUUGCAAAGAGUUUUGCAACAAAUAUUUUCUCCGUACACAUCGAAUUAAGAAACAUGGCAUUUAUACCCCUGAAUUCUCUGACAGAAGCAAAAGUCAACAAAAGGAGAGCUCCCCAAUGAACCUAGCUCGACUACUGGAGCGACAGGCCCUUUAUGUGCGUCCAACACUACCGGACAUGGAAGGUGACCUUGAAUGUGAUUUAUGUCGUCGUCCGUUCCCCAAUCCUUACCUACUACAGAUGCACAAAUACUAUUUCCAUGGAUCAGGCCAAGAAGCUGGACAAGAGCCUCUUUCUUUUCACCCACACCAGUCACCGCACGAGCAGCUGCGACAACUUGCGCUGCAUGCUCAACAACAGGCUAGACAACAGCAACAGCAGCACCAAAAGAGACUACAAGAACAGCAUAAGCAACUAGAGUUUCAGCAGAGGUUAUUGAAGCAGGAAGAUGAGCAGAGGGAGCAGGCUCGACUGGAGCUUGAGAGGCCACAACAAACAGUUAACUCGGAUGAAGGUCAACCAGAGAGGGCUGAAGAUGUGCCCCGUCCCUCGGUGAUCGAAUCUGCUGGCUCCGGGGAGUCCGACGCCAGCGAAGACCUCCGAAAACUUCAAUCUAUGAUACUCCAGCUGAACCGUCAAGGAGAAAUGGGUCUGAGAUGUAGGAUGUGCAACAAAGACGUCGGUAACAAGUAUUUUCUUCGUGCGCACAUGAUGACUGAACAUGGGAUUCUGGGGAACGAGGAGGGCUCGGCGCCUUCCAGCGAAGGAGCUCAGACUCCAAAACCCCCAAGGGAAGCCAAUCUAAAAGCAUCACCUCCAUCCACACCUACCUCAGGAGAAAAUCAAGCGUUUUGUAACAUCUGCAAGAAAGACUUUUUCUCCCGGUACAUCCUGCAGCAGCACCUCCUCAGCACCCACGGGGUGUUCACGCCACCCGCGCCGCCCACCUCCUUCAUGGAGCGAAUUAGGGCGGAAGUAGAGAGUCGAGAAGAAAGAAAACCUCAGUCUACCUCUCGAUCCUACUGUGAAAUAUGCAACAAAGAACUGUGUAAUAAAUACUUUAUGAAGACACACAUGCUUAAGAUGCACGGCAUCAAUGUAGAGAACGGGGUCUCAGGCGGCGUGACUUGUGACCUGUGCAACAAAGAACUGUGCAGUAAAUAUUUCCUGCGCGUACACAAACAAAACACUCAUGGAAUGGUCGAAGAAGGACGCGAGGGAGACGAAGGAAUUGUUCAGUCCGAGAUCGAAUCCUGUCCUCUGUGUCCUCGGCGUUUCAAGAACCGCAAAUGGCUCAAGACUCACUUGACGAGCGACCAUGACGACGCCGGCAAGGAAAAGUGGCGCGAGAUUGAGACUUCAUUGGGCUUAGAGGAGUCGCCGAAGAAGACUGGGCCGACGUGUGGCCUGUGCGGUCUUGCCGUGCCUGAUUUGGUCUCUCUGCAACUGCACGUCAUCAAGAUGCACGGCUCUCCAGACGCAUCUAUUGACACCGACCUACAGACUGCAGCCGAGGAUUCCAAGACCCGAACCCUGCAGUGCUCCAUAUGUCCUUUCACAGCACAAUCACCAGCAUUACUCAUUGCCCAUGCCCGUACCCACGCCCGGGGCAUGCCGCCCUUACCGGGUGUUUUAGGACAGACGUUUCCGUGUCCGCUGUGUUCACAAGUAUUGCCAGGGCUGGAAGCCUACCAGCACCAUCUUCUGCAGCAUCAGCUUCAGGGUCUUCUGAAGCCUUUACUCGAGAAAGAAGUGCACUCAGCAGAGCCCGAAACCUCUGAGCCCCUCAAGGUGUCAGCGGGGACGAGCGAUGAAGCCCCGGCGCCCGCCCCGGCCCCGAAGCGAAGGAAGCGCUGGCGAUGUUCUCAGUGCGGCCGUCGCUUCAGGUCACGUGCGCUGUGUCUGGCGCACGUGCACGCCACGCACAACCCCCGCGCACGUGGCACCUGGCUCGGCCGUCCACCUGUCCACCGCCGCCUUUUCAAGUGUCGGAAAUGCGGCGCAGUGGCGCAGCGCCUAGCGGCGUUGCGCCAGCACAUCCGGGAGCAGCACCGCGCGGGUCCGGGCGUGCCGACCACCCACGCCACGCCCACUAAGCCGCAGUCAGCGGGACGUUUCGUGAUGCAACCGUUCCUAAUGAACAAUGAGGGAUGUGAGGGAGGUGGCGGGAGUGAGAGGGAGGAGGAGAGGCAGGGUGAGAGACAGUUCGUGCCCUCCUUGGUGUACCUGCCCGUGGCCCGCCGUGUCCAUCGGCCCCUCACCGUGUCCUUCAGCCUCACGCCCGCGUGAGCCCCACGUGGCCACUGGGCGCUCCACUACUCAGGGUCUCGCUCUUCUACAAAGUACAAUCACGGGGCGGACUGGGCCCUCAACUGCACUGCUGAGGGCCCAGUCCGGCGGGCCGCGGGGCCCCACUCUCCUCCCCUGCGCACGGGUGCUACACGCCCGCCGCUGUGGGCGCUCUGACGCCCAUGGUAACGCGGGCGGGAUGAUUUGACGCGGGCGGUGCUGGGCGUGGCUCGCGGCUCGCUCCGUACUCUCCUCUAUAUCACUGUACCUCAGUACUAAUCAAAACCGGGGGACAGCCCACUACCCACGGCUGCGCCCUCGGGGCGUGGGCGUGGGGGCGUGCGGUCCGGGUUGUGAGGGCGCGGGCAGGGCGGGGGUGUUGGUUGUGAUCAACACAAUGCUAUAUUAGGUGGCCUCCACCAGCUCCACGCGAUUCAAGCACACCCACCCACCCAACACUGGUCACUCAUACUUCAUCAUCCACCACGCCCACCCUCAUACCACAUCACCCACCACGCCCACCCUCAUACCACAUCACCCACCACGCCCACCCUCAUACCACAUCACCCACAUAUCAUUCUCCGUGUGUUAUUUGAUGCCCCAAGUCUCAUCAUCUCACGCUAUCUCACGUAAUCAUGUGUUCUGUGAGAUGAAAUGUUCACAGAUCUUGUCACUCAAGUCUAGGGUCUCUCUGUGGCCAGUGCUUCUGUCUCUCCUCUGUGACCCAUGUCACUGUCUCUAUGUCCCAGCAUCUUCAUAUCUUACACAUUACCUUAUAUGUUUAGCUAUAUAUUCAUACAUGUAAACGCGUCUAGCUCUCUCCUUGGUACCUGGCAGCUGAUUAUCUUACGUUUAUAUUCUCUGAUUUUUAUAUCAUCUUGGUAUACCUAGAUGCUGAUAAUCUCUUCUAGGAAUAUCUUGAUACUAAUUAUUUUAUGUAGCAAUACCUGGAUGACGGUUAUCUCGUAAUUAUCCCAUCUAGACAUACGUGGAUGCUAAUCAGCAUCCAGGUAUUUAUAAUUGAGAUAAUUAGCAUCCAGGCAUUGCUAGAUGAGAUAAUCAGCAUUCAUAUUCAGCAUUCUUUCAUAUUCAUAAUCAGCAUUCUUUCAUAUUCAUGAUCAGCAUUUUCAUAUUCGUAUUCAGCAUU